AACUAAAUUUAAGGGGAAGAGAAAAAGGAAUCAUAUUCUCUACGAAAGCAGCCAAGAGAAUGCUCGAGAGAUAAAUCCCCCUGUAAAGCUCCAAUCUUUCAAUCUCUCCUCGCUAACUAAUCUCUGCAUCGCUCUGAGAAUCAACGGCGGCGGCGAUGAUCGGGUUUCCGCAGGCGUAUCUGGAGGGUAAAGAGGUGAAGGAGACGAGUUCGCUGGUGACUGAGCUCUGCCGUCAUUUCUACACACAAGGUUGGGUAUCUGGAACAGGUGGUAGCAUAACGAUCAAGGUUCACGAUGCUUCAAUCCCUAAACCGGAGCAACUCAUCGUCAUGUCUCCUUCUGGUGUUCAAAAGGAGAGGAUGCAACCGGAGGACAUGUACAUCUUAUCUGCAAAUGGAUCCAUCAUAUCUUCACCAUCUCCAAAGCCAUACCCUAACAAGCCUCCUAAAUGUACUGAUUGUGCUCCUCUUUUCAUGAAGAACAGGCGGCUUUCUUUGGGGAAGCGCUUGCGAAAACUCGGUUACAAGGCAUAUGAGAUGCGAAAUGCCGGAGCUGUUAUUCACAGUCAUGGCAUGGAAUCUUGUCUUGUGACAAUGCUUAAUCCACAAGCCAAAGAAUUUCGUAUAACUCACAUGGAGAUGAUAAAAGGGAUUCAAGGUCACGGAUACUAUGACGAGCUUGUUGUCCCAAUCAUAGAGAACACAGCUUAUGAGAAUGAACUAACAGAUUCACUUACCAAAGCUAUAAAAGCCUAUCCAAAAGCAACAGCAGUGUUGGUACGCAAUCACGGAGUUUACAUUUGGGGGGAUUCUUGGAUCCAUGCUAAGACUCAGGCUGAAUGUUACCAUUAUCUGUUCGAUGCUGCCAUCAAGCUUCAUCAACUGGGUCUGGAUUCUGCUACUCCAGACCACGGGCCUAUCCAAAGAGCCAUCCAUUCAAAGAAUCAAUUUUCCACUGUGAAAUCCGGAGUCAAGGAUUCACAAAACCAAACAGAACCACCUCGGCGUUGCAUUGUCCUCGACAUUGAAGGAACAACUACGCCCAUAACAUUCGUCACAGAUGUUCUAUUUCCUUAUGCUCGUGAAAACGUUGGGAAGCAUUUGAAUCUGACAUACGACACAGCAGAAACUCAAGAGGACAUUAGGUUGUUGCGGUCUCAGGUUGAGGAAGACUUGAGACAAGGUGUAACCGGGGCUGUUCCUAUUCCUCAUGCUGAUGAAGGAAAAGAAGAGGUCAUUGCCGCUAUGGUCUCUAAUGUAGAGGCAAUGAUAAAAGCCGAUAGAAAGAUCACUGCUUUAAAGGAAUUGCAAGGUCACAUAUGGCGAACGGGUUUCGAGUGUAAUGAACUGAAGUCUGUCGUUUUCGAGGAUGUAGCAGACGCUUUAGAGAAAUGGCAUUCUUCGGGAAUUAAGGUUUAUAUAUACUCUAGUGGUAGUCGAUUAGCGCAAAGGCUUCUCUUUGGGAACACAAACUAUGGAGAUCUGAGAAAGUAUUUAUCUGGCUUUUUCGACACUACAAUCGGAAACAAGAAAGAAAGCAGGAGUUAUAAGGAGAUUACAGAAACAUUGGGAGUAGAUGAUCCUUCAGAGAUUCUUUUUGUGACAGAUGUUUAUCAAGAAGCUACAGCUGCAAAAGCCGCAGGUCUGGAGGCGAUUAUAUCGAUUCGACCUGGAAACGCUUCGUUACCAGAGAAUAACGAGUUCAAGACUGUCACAUCAUUCUCCCAAAUAUAGAGGUUCCUUCUGUUGUGUCUGUAUUCUCAUGGAGUUGUUGUACGUUGAUUUGAGCACAAUUACCUUGUUUUGAGUACAAUUGAUAAUAAAUCUAAAUGUAGAGCUUGACGAAGCUCCAAUCAUUUUUUUUUUUUUGGGUGUGAAAUCAGCAAACUUUUGGUUCAUGAAUGUGAUUUAUGAGUUUUUUUGGGUAAAAGUGUGAUUUAUGA